UAACAGAGAGUAAGAGGCAGGCGCAGUAGCAGACUCCUAUAUCCGCCUGACGGAGACGGACGGUGCCAGCUGCUAGCUCAGUUAGCAAUAGUAUACAGUUAGCAACUAGCUCCAGAGUCCUACCGCCUUUCUCACACAUGAGGGACUGUGCAAGAGUGUGUGUGUGUGUGUGUGUGUGACAGCGUGUGUGUCACCUCUUUGAGUGCGCGCUCGGCCGUCCCGAAGUCACUCCGUGUGCUUGGUGUGUAGCCUACCUGUGCGUGUGCGUGUGCGUGUGCAUAUAAACCCCCUAUCUCCUUCCUCAUCCGUGCAGCAGUGUGUGUGUCUCUGUGUGUGUGUGUGUGUUAGGAGGAAAGGAGAAGACGCACACGUAAACACACUGUGACAAGUCCACUGUUUACAGUCGGUGUCCGGUUACUUGACAGAGGGAUUCACUGCAUCUACUGUCACCGACACAGCACCAGCAUGAUGUUGAGGUACGCUGUAGUCCGAGGAGGACUCGGCCUGUUGGCCCUGAGGAGGACGUGCGUUGUCUCCCGGUUUACCCACUCUUCCCCUCAGAGCGAGUAUCGACCAAUCAAGAAAGUCAUGGUGGCCAACAGAGGUGAGAUCGCUAUCCGUGUGUUCAGAGCCUGCACAGAACUGGGGAUUCGAACUGUGGCUGUGUACUCUGAGCAGGACACUGGACAGAUGCACAGGCAGAAGGCAGAUGAGGCCUACCUGAUUGGAAAAGGCCUUCUACCCGUCGCAGCAUACCUGGACAUUCCUGACAUCAUCAAAGUAGCAAAGGACAACAACGUGGACGCUAUCCAUCCGGGCUACGGGUUCCUCUCCGAGCGCGCGGACUUCGCACAAGCCUGCGCAGACGCUGGAGUCAUGUUUAUUGGACCGACCCCGGAAACUGUCCGCAAGAUGGGGGACAAGGUGGAGGCCCGUGCCCUGGCCAUCACCGCAGGUGUACCUGUGGUCCCAGGAACGGACGCCCCAAUCGCCAGCAUGCAGGAGGCGCACGUGUUCGCCCAAACGUACGGCUUCCCCAUCAUCUUCAAAGCAGCCUACGGAGGAGGCGGUCGGGGCAUGAGGGUGGUCAGAGAGUACGAGGAACUUGAGGAGAAUUACCAGAGAGCCUACUCUGAAGCUCUGACAGCUUUUGGGAACGGAGCCCUGUUUGUUGAGAAGUUUAUUGAAAAACCAAGACACAUUGAAGUACAGAUCCUCGGCGAUAAAUACGGCAAUGUCAUCCACCUCUACGAGAGAGACUGCUCCAUUCAGCGGAGACAUCAAAAGGUUGUGGAGAUAGCACCGGCUUUCCAACUGGACCCUCAUCUGAGAGACCGACUUCACGCUGAUGCUGUGAACCUCGCCAAACAGGUGGGCUACGAGAACGCUGGCACCGUGGAGUUCCUUGUGGACAAACACGGCCGACAUUACUUCAUCGAAGUCAACUCUCGACUCCAAGUUGAACACACGGUCACUGAAGAAAUCACCGACGUGGACCUGGUGCAUGCCCAGCUGCAUGUGUGCGAGGGCCGCAGCCUGCCAGAGCUGAACCUCAAACAAGACAAGAUCAGGGUCAACGGCUGUGCGAUCCAGUGCAGAGUGACGACCGAAGACCCGGCCAGAGGCUUCCAACCAGACACCGGGAGGAUUGAGGUCUUCCGCAGCGGCGAAGGUAUGGGCAUCCGCCUGGACAGCGCCUCCGCCUUCCAGGGCGCCGUCAUCUCCCCCCACUAUGACUCCCUACUGGUGAAGGUCAUCGCCAGCGGGAAGGACCUGCCGACGGCGGCCUCCAAGAUGAGCCGAGCCCUGGCCGAGUUCAGAGUGCGAGGGGUCAAGACCAACAUCCCGUUCCUCCAGAAUGUUUUCUCCAACCACCAGUUCCUCCACUCCACCGUGGACACCCAGUUCAUCGACGAGAACCAGGACCUGUUCAACCUGAAACCAACGCAGAACAGAGCCCAGAAGCUCCUGCACUACCUGGGUCAUGUGAUGGUAAAUGGACCAACCACACCCAUCCCGGUCAAGGCUAAGCCCUCCUCCAUAGACCCCGUCAUUCCUCCGGUCACCAUGGGCGACCCUCCUCUUGGCUUCCGGGACAUUUUGCUGCGCGACGGUCCUGAGGGCUUCGCCAAGGCCGUCCGCGCCCACCAAGGUCUGUUGUUAAUGGAUACGACCUUCAGGGAUGCCCAUCAGUCACUCCUGGCAACAAGGGUUCGCACCCACGACCUGAAGAAGAUCUCGCCUUUUGUGAGCCACAACUUCAGCAACCUUUUCAGCCUGGAGAACUGGGGAGGUGCUACCUUUGAUGUGGCCAUGCGCUUCCUGUCAGAGUGUCCGUGGAAGAGGCUCCAGGAGCUCAGAGCUUUGAUCCCUAACGUCCCCUUCCAGAUGCUGCUGAGAGGGGCCAACGCUGUGGGCUACACAAACUACCCUGAUAACGCUGUCUUUAAGUUCUGUGAGGUGGCAAAGGAGAAUGGCAUGGACAUUUUCCGUGUGUUCGAUUCUCUUAACUACGUGCCAAACAUGCUGCUAGGCAUGGAGGCCGCUGGGGCUGCAGGCGGUGUGGUGGAGGCCGCCAUCUCGUACACAGGCGACGUCUCCGACCCGAUGAGGCAGAAGUACUCGCUGGACUACUAUCUGAAACUGGCAGAUGAGCUCGUCAAAGCCGGGACGCACAUUCUUUGUAUCAAGGAUAUGGCAGGCCUUCUGAAACCAGAGGCCAGCAAGCUUCUGAUCGGCGCUCUGAGAGACCGUUUCCCAGACGUGCCCAUCCACGUGCACACACACGACACUGCAGGAGCCGGUGUAGCCGCCAUGCUGGCCUGUGCAGAGGCUGGAGCUGACGUGGUGGAUGUGGCUGUUGACUCCAUGGCCGGGAUGACAUCACAGCCGAGCAUGGGAGCCAUGGUCGCCUGCGCCAAAGGGACCAAGCUUGACACGGGCAUUGCUCUGGAGAAGGUGUUUGACUACAGCGAAUACUGGGAAGUAGCCAGAGGCCUGUACGCUCCGUUCGACUGCACGGCCACCAUGAAAUCUGGCAACGCUGAUGUCUAUGAGAACGAGAUACCCGGAGGACAGUACACCAACCUUCACUUCCAGGCUCACAGCAUGGGACUGGGAAACAAGUUCAAGGAGGUGAAGAAGGCCUACACUGAGGCCAACAAACUGCUGGGAGACCUCAUUAAGGUGACCCCCUCCUCUAAGAUCGUGGGUGACUUGGCCCAGUUCAUGGUGCAGAACAACCUGACCAGGGCCGAGGUGGAGGAGAGGGCGGAUGAGCUGUCCUUCCCCCUGUCUGUUGUCGAGUUCCUGCAGGGUUACAUCGGAAUCCCACAUGGAGGAUUCCCAGAGCCCUUCAGAUCAAAGGUGCUGAAGUCCCUUAACCGUAUUGAGGGUCGUCCGGGCGCCUCUCUGCCGGCGAUGGACUUCAAGGCCCUGGAGGAGGGGCUCCGAGCUUCCCACGGCGAGGAAAUCACCCCCGAGGAUGUGAUGUCAGCUGCGAUGUACCCCAAGGUGUUCCAGGAGUUCAAGGACUUUACUUCUAACUUCGGUCCAGUGGACUGUCUCAGCACCAGGCUGUUCCUGGAUGGACCCAAGAUUGCAGAAGAGUUUGAGGUGGAGCUGGAGAGAGGGAAGACACUGCAUAUUAAGGCCCUGGCCCUGGGUGACCUGAACAAGGCCGGCCAGAGAGAGGUCUUCUUUGAGCUCAACGGACAGCUGAGAUCUGUGCUAGUAAAAGACACCGUCGCCAUGAAGGAAAUGAAGUUCCAUCCCAAGGCUCAGAAGUCUAUCAAGGGUCAGGUGGGAGCACCCAUGCCUGGAAAAGUCCUGGAGGUCAAAGUUGAAGUUGGAUCCAAGGUGGAGAAGGGUCAGCCGCUCUGUGUCCUCUCGGCCAUGAAGAUGGAGACGGUGGUCAACUCUCCUCUGACGGGAACCGUUAAGGUGAUCCAUGUGACAACCGAUUCGUCCCUGGAGGGAGACGACCUGAUCCUGGAAAUCGAGGAGUAGAUUGAGAGGGCGGUGGAAGGGAAGGAGGGUAAUGAGUAGUAGUGACAAUCUGAUUCUGGACGUGUUGAGGUGGAGGAACAGGGGGAUUGAAAACCAGGAAUCCUUUUUCUUAACGGCAAAUUUCAGCUGUGGGGAAGUACUGUGGUUAAAUGUUGCUCCAAUUUGUGGCUGAUUACACCGGGGACAAAAAAUAAAGAAGAGGGGGGGCGGGUGAAUGGUUGAUGAUAUAAAAAUCCUUACUAAUAUAUAAAUUUGAAAGGAAUUCCUUAUUGAAUUGUACUACUAAUGAAACUUGAGUGAAUUCUUCCAUGAGCAGAUGUAUUGUCUAGUUGUGGUGAUUAGGUCAAAGAAGAAUAUAUAUUUCUGUUCAACUUUAAAUGUCCCGUCAAGCUUUGGAAGCGAUUUAGAAAGACGUAAUAGAUCGGGAUUGUGGUUCAUUCCUUUACCAACUAGCUAGUCUUAAAUGUGAUGUAGUAGAAAAAGAGCUAACCAUUAAUAACACUAACAGGGUUCUAACAUUUAUUUGCACUUCAAUGCCACAAUUUCACUUUUCUACGCUUUUGAUGUCGCCUAAUAUAUUCAAACGUGUUGAUGACUACUUAAUGUCUUUGUAAUCAACGAGGUCAGGAAGAGAAGAUUAGAUUUGAGAACGUUUUACCAAAAGCUUUUCUUUUUCAUUUGUGAACAUUUGUAUUUUUUUUUUUUGCAUUCUCGCCUUAGCGAUACAUAAUCCGUCUCUGACAUUAAUCACAAUGCAUUAAGACUGAAUUUGUUAUUGGAGAAUAAUUGCGAAAAGAAAAAAACGGUAGGCUACAGUAAAUUUCCCAAGAUUGAAAAAAAAAAAAAAAAUUCAAUUUAUUUCCAAACCUGUACUUGUUCUCACAAAGAUUUCCUAACAAGAGUAGCACAACAAAGCAAGCAGCACCACUUCGGGGUUGAUUGGGACACAAAGUUUACCUGCCACAAAAGCCCAGUUUGCACCAAAGUGAAAAAAAGAGUUCUGUUACUGUAUCAGUAACUGGAGAAGAUGUGUGUGUGUGUGUGUGUGUGAAACAUCUGUACUGGUGUUUAAAUGUUCCCCAUUAACACCUGCCUUCAAAAUCCAAAAGCUUAAGCACAUUGUAGCGUCAUUGUUGAAAAGAAGCUGUCGGCCAUGUUGGAAACACCCAAAUUGGAUUAAAGAUGUGAUUUUUUGACAAAGUACUUCUUACAGCUGAUUCAAACGAGGCUCUUAAUCCAAAGCUUGCUGUAGGGCCUGCUCUAUCUGUUGUAUCAUUUAACAAGGUGUAAAGCCUUUUUAAUGUCACUUUAUAAAUUGUGUGAGGAAAGUUGUCGGAGUCGUGGUUCCACUCUGUCUUUCCAGCACCAACCACAGAUUAGGGUGAAUGGUCUUCUGUCUGCAUAGGGAUUUUAGUGCUAGGUGUAAAUGGGAUUACAUGGUGGUGUAAUGGAAGCAUGUGGUGUUAUUUUCUGAGGCUGUGCUGAUUAAUUUAUGAAUUAAUUCUCUGUCAAAUGAUGUGAAAUUAGCCGGACUAAUAAGAGACGCUGGAGACUCCCUUAGCAGCGCUCGGCAUUAUAUUUCUAAUGUGUGUGUGUGUUUCCAUUGAUGGACCCAAAUGUCUGUAAGUGUAUGCGAGCAAAAUUUUAAGACCAAGUUAACCAGCCGCCAUAAUGUUGCACCACCGGAGCUGAAAACACAUUUUAAAAGAAAUUACAUAUUCAUAAACACACUUGCACUGAUGCAAAAAUAUUCACGCUAACACUCCCAGCCUUUGAGCGCUGCCCGACUCUAAGGACAAACAAGCACAUUGGUGUCUCCAUGGCAACCUUUCAAAACAAUUAAAUGCAAUAUCCAACUUCUCAGCUGUCAGACGAUGUCGUUAAUACUGCAUCUUCAAAUGAUCUGUAGAGAAUUCGAUGCCUGAAUGUUAAGCACCCUGACCAGUGAAAGUAGCAGAAAAAACUGAGAUCCCUUUCUGUUACAGUCUGCUUGUACUACAGUGAAGCAUGCAGUGGUGGACAGUGAGCCAGAACAGACAUUACAACAGCUUACAAAGACGUCUGUGCAUCCUCAGCACAGCAUCGAUACAAGCACAACAUUGACAUAUCGGUUGGUUCUUGACUGGAUUAUUUCCUGCAAUUUUUGCGCCACUACCUUUUUAAACUAUGCACCGAUACUGGGCAGUGAUGCCCAAGUUAACUAGAACACUGAUUCUUCACCCACUGCCAUGCCUCAGUGUACCUCCAGGCUUUAUCUGUCUGUGUCUGAAAUGUGUUGACCGUGAUGGAGAUGAAUGGCAAUAUUUGACAAGCUGUUGCACAAUAAUGUAAAGUUCCCUCCUCCUCUUGUUGUUCAUCAGCUUUCCCCUGCCUCAUCCAUCUAUCCAUCAAUCCACUUUUUCAUCAUGUUUCCCCUCUCCAUUCCCCUUGCCCUUCUCCUGAAAGAGUAAAUUUGCACAUGAUGGCAACAAAUCAUGCAAUAAUGUAAACUGUGAUGCAGUGUUUCUCUUUGUCUGAGCCAGCGGUGAUUCCCAAAAAAUACUUAUGAAAAUGUAAAACUGUUCAGUGUCUUGGGGAAAAAUAAAUUGGACAAAAGAAACACCCAGCUGAAAAAUGUUACUUGUUUCAGAAAGGGGAAUAUAUCAUGUUGACCUAUUCUGCAGCUCAUGCUAUCAAGCGGUGAACUGUCUCACAGAGUCUGAAAACAGAGUCUGUGACAUUUUCUAUUUUCUUCCUCCUGCAUAUCAUUUUGUGUUUUACUAAACAAACCAUGCUGCUUGUUUUCUUCACCUACAAAUUCUCCAUGUAAUUAAGAUUUAAAAAAAAAUGUUUGUCCAACUUUUCUUUACAGAAUAUCCCUUUAUAUCUAAAUGAACAUUUUCAUGUUAAUCAUUUUUGAUUUACUGCAAUAGUUCACAUGUAAUCAUGCUUUAGCACUAGAAGAGAUUGGAAGCUUCAGCGCACAAAAAGGGAAACAAAUAGUAUCUAAUAAUGCGAUAAUUGUUCUUGUUCUAUCUGUGCUUACAAAUAAAGUUAACUCAAAGUCAA